AUGCUGCCCGCCACGUCCAAGCUCUGCGCCGCCAUCUCCUACCGGCACCUGCGCAACAUGACCGGCUCGAGGCUGGAGGAGAAGCCCUUCAGCGAGAUGGAGAUGUCUUACAUCAAGCAAGGCGAGGAAGCCCUCCAGAAAUCGCUCAGCAUCCUCGGGGACCAGGACGGCUGGAAGACAGAGACGGUGGUGGGUAACGGGGACAAAGUGCUGAGCAAGGUGCUCCCGGACGUGGGCAAGGUGUUCCGACUCGAGGUGGUGGUGGACCAGCCCCUGGACGCGGUGUACAGCGAGCUGGUGGACAACAUGGAGCAGAUGGGAGACUGGAACCCCAGCGUCGAAGAAGUCAAGAUUCUCCAGAAGAUUGGGAAGGACACGGUGAUCACCCACGAGAAGGCGGCCGCCACCCCCGGUAACAUUGUCGGACCACGGGACUUCGUGAGCGUCCGGUGCGCCAAGAGACGCGGCUCCACCUGCGUGCUGGCCGGCAUGGCCACCAAAUACGGAGCUAUGCCGGAGCAGGAGGGAUUUGUAAGGGCUGAGAACGGUCCCACGUGCAUGGUCCUGCGCCCACUGCCCGGCAGCCCUUCGCAAACCAAGCUAACGUGGCUGCUCAGCAUCGACCUGAAGGGCUGGCUGCCGAAGACCAUCAUCAACCAGGUCCUGUCCCAGACGCAGGUCAACUUUGCCAACCACCUCCGGGAGCGCCUGGCCCGCACCGUGCCCUGCUGA